AUGAUACAAGAUCAAAGUAAAAAUCUGUAUGAACAAGUCAAACUGAGAGUUAUUGGAAUUUCUAUUCGUAAGAAAAUUGGAAGAUAUCUGACCUUUCAACAUGUGGAUGUUGUUUAUGAAAUUUAUUGCCCACCCAGAUAUUCUUAUAUUCUAUAUUCUGUGGAGAUUAGCAUCAAAAGCUUGCCUCAAGCUUUGAGAGCAGCAUUAUUGCUAUCAUGA